UCAUAUCCUGACCUGAGGGGAGACCAGGAGGCUACAGGCGCUUUAAAAGGGGCCACUCAGCCCUCUCAGCAGACACAGUACAGGCGAGAGGGGUACUGGGCGCACACGGCACGCGGGACCAGGAGGUAUUCAGGAACGUUAACGGAACUAAGUGGUGAUAGUUACGGCACGAGAUCACUCGCAGGGCUCGAGCGCUCUGACUGGGAUCCAGUUUAAAAAGAGACUAUGAGAAGGGAACAAUUUACAAAUACAAUACACGAAAAGGGUUGUGAUGAACAGAAUGGAGCAAGUGGUGGCUCUGAGUAGCUUUUAAAAGCAGGAAGGCGUCAGUACAGAAGGGAGAUUUCCCUCACACAGCUCGAUCCACACUGGGGGAGCAGAAGAAGCCAUGGGCUCGGUACAUGAUGGUCCCUGUUAACCUGCUGCUGCAUAUGGUCCUUUUAAUGCCUCACUUCCCUUUGGGAUCUGAGGGCAAUGGUCACCAAAAAGAAACCUCUGAUGCCUCACAUCUAGAUUCCAAGGAGAAGAAUAUCAGUCAUGCAGCAAACUCAGGUUUGAUCCAGACUAUCCAAAGCCUUUUGAUUACCCAGCUGGGAUUGAGAAGCUACUCAAAACCAAGUCCUAGAAUUAUUAUUCCUCAGUACAUGCUAGAUCUGUACCAUUUACACAGUGGGCACUCUCAUUCAAUUCAGGACGCUGAGUUUCAUUUCCCAGUGCAGCAUGCAGAGAAUGCUAACACCAUUCGAGGGUUUCAUCAUAUUGCAGAUGGUGUAGAAGGUACUCUUGUGGAACACAAAGGAAACUUUUUUUCUGUUCUUUUCAACAUCUCAUCAAUUCCAAAGAAUGAGGAAUUGACUGCCGCUGAACUUCGUUUAUAUAAAAAGGGAAUUAGAAAUCAUGAAACUCCUGGACUGCAACAGCUUAAGUUGUAUUAUGUUGUAGGAUCCCCCAUGUCACCAAGAAAAACUAGACUGUUGGAAACUAGGUUAUGGAGUUACCAUCAACCUAAGUGGGAGAGCUUUAAUGUCAGUACAGCAGCGACAGAGUGGAUGAAGAGCAGAUGGUCCAACAUGGAAUUUAUAAUUGAGGUUGUUCACUUUAAUCAGAGUCAGAGUCAGACAAUGUCAGACUUGUGGACUGAACAAGUAAGACUCAGGAGGUCAGCCCCAAAUGAUGACAGCAGCUGGUCUCGAGAGAGGCCUUUGUUAGUGACUUACACUCAUGAUGGACAAGGCCAAACUCUGGUCUCCAGGACUAAGAGAAGUAAGCCUUUCGUCUUCCGACAGUACAGACGAGUUGGGGGAAAAAAGGCUUCAUCAAGGACAAAAAGAAAUGGGAAACACUCAAAGUUAAAGAGGAAGUCAAAGUCCAAGUGCAAAAGGCAUCCACUCUUUGUUGAUUUUAAGGAUGUUGGCUGGAAUCAAUGGAUUGUUGCUCCAAGUGGAUACCAUGCUUUUUUUUGUCAUGGAGAGUGCCGAUUCCCACUGUCAGAUCACAUGAACUCUUCUAGUCAUGCAGUGGUUCAGACACUAGUAAACUCUGUGAAUUCCCAGGUCCCCAGAGCUUGCUGUGUGCCAACUGAACUCAGUCCAAUAGCUAUGCUUUAUCUGGACCAAAAUGAUCGGGUAGUUCUCAAAAACUAUCAGGACAUGGUGGUAGAAGCGUGUGGAUGUCGCUGACAUUGUCCGUUUGCUAGAGAGAUUUUUGACAGGAUUAUUAUUAAAGAAGUUACACAGUAACAACUCUGAUUUUUUUGCUAACUUAUAUAAAUAAUAUUUCUACCAAUAUACAGUAAAAAGACUGCAAUUCUGUAUAAGAAUGCUAUUUUUUUAGUAAGUCAGAAUAUACAGCAUUGCAGAAGUUGUACUUGUGGAAGAUUUUGUGCAAUAAUAUAAUAAAGUGAUUGAAGACCCAACACAGUGCUAAAUAUUUAAAGAUAAUUUACUAAAAAGCAUUUUCUGGACUAAUAUCUCUUUUAAAAGUAUAGAUGAGUCCUGUCAAAAUGCCAUAAGACAUUGCUUAACUAAAACUGUAUUGUUUUAUUUCAGGAAGUAUACUACUUGUUUAUGACUGGUCACAAGAUGCAAAGGUGAAAAAUCUCAGGCAUCUUUAUUGAAAUUAUGCAGUAAACAACUGGCUUUAUCUGUUUUAAUAUUCUGGCUGUGAGAUACCUGGAGAAUUUUUAUAACUAUGUAUUUCUAUAAACAACCUCUAUGUUAAGGUAUGCAAAGUUAUCAUGAUUCCGCUCACCCUUACUGUUCCUUAUGAUAUUCUACCAUUGGCUGUUUAAGUAGUAAUCUAUUUCAGACAAAGUCAGAUUGUAUAUGGAAGGAUUCUAUCAGUAUGGAUAUGUUUUAUGCCAACAUUUUGCAUAUAUUAGUACAUAGACUAUGUACUGAUAUAAUAUCCUCAUUUUUAACUGAUUUCACUACUUGGGAUCUUUGCUCUUUUUUUGCUCUUUAUCUGUGUGUCGUACUAAAUUACUAGGAAAUUUGUAAGUCUGACUUACCUGUUUGCAUAGAAUAAUGUUAUUUGUGAUGUAUUUGUAAAAAAGCUGUUAAUCAGCUCCGACUGUCUUUCUCUUUUUCUUUUUGCUCCUCCGUUAGUCCAGUUUUCCAGAGGAAUAGCUUUCAAGCUAUUUUUCUUCUGUAAAAUCUGUAGAUUUCUACUUUGCAUUGUUCAUGCCUCUCUUCUGGCCUUUACAAGUUUAGUGGUCUGAACAGGUCGCCACAAAAUAUGACUUAAUAGUCUGGACUGAAAUCAUUAUCAUUAUACAGUUCUGUGCUGUUUCUAAUGUCUUUUUGAGGUCAAUAGUCCAAAACAAACUGCAAUUCUGUGCCGUUUAUAAUAUGUAUUUUCAGGUCAGUAUUCCAAAAUAAAAUUUGAGAUUAAGAGACCAAUAUACAGAUGGUCAGGAAUUAAACAUAUAAGUUUUACUUUUGUAAAAGGCAUAAAUGUGCCAUUUUAUGCAGUUUAAGGAGAGAAAGAAAAUGCUGACACUUUUUCAUAUAUAACUGUGAAGCUAUUUCUGUUAUUAGUAUUUCUGCCAUAGAUAAAAUACCCCCAUAAUAUCUCCCCAGGGUCUUGCUGUUUUUCACAUUUAUUUUUGCUUCCCCUUUCAUUCAGCAUUAGCUGUGUCCCAGUACCUGUCAUUAGUGUCCCUAGAAAGUCUGACAGAAGACUGAGAGUCCUGUUAUGUCACCAUCCCCCAGAUAGCAGGGGCCCUAUUCCUUAUAUUCUUUCCCUUAAACCCCUUGAGUAAUAUGUGGAAGAAUAUCAUGGUGGAUCGUGGACACUGCACACCUCCCACUUUAGAUAAUUUACCAACACUGGCCUUCUCUUUUUUCUUUCUAUUCAAGGCCCCUGAUCUCCACUGGGAGCAGUUGCUAGGUAAAAAACAACCAGGUACCAUUUCUUUGAGAGAGGGUAUGAGACAGAGAAACAGGGAGCAUGUGAUGGGUUCUCAGCAGCUCAAUACCCCUUCCUCAAUCUCCUGUGCUGUGUUGUUAGUUUCUUGGAUUUGAGCUGCCAACAGUCCAGAUUUAAUCCCUCACUUUUGCUGGAAGGUCUGCCUAAACUUCUUAUUAUAUAGUUAGUAUGAACAGCUUCUUAAUUAAACAAACAUGUUUGAUAGUGGUGUAUCUUCAGUGAACCACAGCUGGAUUAGUGCAGUAGGGAAUUUAAAUCUUUCUAAUAAUAAAACAAAUCAGCAGUGCUGCAGACUGCAUCCUGAAGAAGCACCCUUCUUAUACCAUGGCAUAGCUUAAUCAAAAUGAUACUUCUUCAAAACAUAAAAGAUAGGUCUCAACGUUGCUAAUAAAUGGGUUGGUAGCCCACAUUAUUUAGUUGUACUUCCUCUUACAACAUUGUGUAUUUCUCCUCAGCUAUCUGCAUCUGCCUCCACUUACUUUUAUCAAGUUGUUACAGCACUGAGUAAUUUGUAUGACUUCAUUCUCAUUUUGGUAACUGGGGAUGUCUCAUUGGCAGAUAAGGUGCAUUUUCAGAGGAAUUUUCAGUGCAAAGAUAGAAGAAAGCACCAGUAGUAUAAUGAGCAACAGUGAUUCAUCACAGAAAGAAAUGCUGUUGCCUAAUGAAAAUGCAAAGCAAAUAUACCUGCAUGAUUUCAGAUGGAGAAAUUCUAAUGAUAUCAGCUGCUCCGUCUAGAGCAAGGAUGCACUUUACAUGCAAUAAUAGCUACCAUUAAGAUAUGGGCACAGUUAAGCUAUGAGAAUGAAAUAAUGAACAUGAGAGGGGUUCCAGGGCUUUUCAGUGAGGCAGAAGAGUGCAGGAGGGGACACUGUUGAAAUGGUAAUUAGAAAAUUGUGAGUACCUGUAAUUUCAACAGCUGGCUUAAGUAAGUAAUACCAGAAAGUCAUAGUAAAACUCAAGGACAAAGCAAAGUGUGGGGGAUGAAACCUGCAUUAAUGAGAAAAGACUCUGUGACUGAGGUAGAAUGGGCUGGCAAAAUGAGCAAUUCUUUGACAACGUUUGAAAGUACUGCCUUAACAAACAGAACAAAAGAAGCAGUAUAGAAUAAUGGGCAUAUUGGAAAUGCAUAGGUCAUCUCCAACAUACAGAGCAGAAGUAAAGCAUUCCUUAUCCUUAAACUGGCUGCAGUUUAAUUUGGGCAUUUCUAACAAUGAGAAUGAAAGGCAAUAUAAGGAAAAGGUGAGGGGUGCCCAAUGCCAUCCCUGUGUUCCAAACUAUCCACUCAUUUCAAGUGAUCACCUGCAAAGUAGAAGAGAGAGAGAGAGAGAGAGAGAGAGAGAGAGCAAGGCAGGAGACAUUUUUGGUAGAACAGUGUUUCCAGUUUGUUGAAAAUUUAUCCAUAGUGAAUUAUUGUCUGCCUCCCAUUAAUUUAUUUGAUUAUUUACAUUUGUAAACAGGAAAUGUCCAUCUGGGAAGACUUAUUUUCCGUGGAUUCCCAGGGAGAAAACUGUCCAGAACAAUGUGGAAACAUAACAGAAAUUUGGUUCCUGUAUGUGUUCUUAACUCAGCAGAGCUCUGAUCACAAAUCAUUGGCAAAACAAUUCAUAUUGCUCCAACUCAAGUGCCAUCAGUUUCAGAUCACAGGUGCCCAGGGUCAUAAGGAAUAUGUAAUAAUGGAAUUUCACUGAAAAGCCAGGUUCGUUGCUCCUUGAUAUGUGUGAAGUCUCAUCUCCUCACAUCUACAUGUUGCAGUGUUGUUCUGUAAGUCAAAUAAUUGGAUGGUUGUAUGUAUGUAUAUUUUGUAUGUAUGUCAUACAACAAAUUCUUGUCAUGCUGUGGACUUUUCUCCACGAGAAAUCUGAUCUAAUACCCCUCCAAGUAAGUAGGUGACAAUCAAUACCCAGCAGGACAAGAAGGGCAGCUAAUAUAUCCCAGUGACAUCUGCUAAAUACCAGUGGCAUCAACAUCUUAGAAAAGUCUGAGCCAGCUCAGCCAGAUUGUGAAAUGACUUUCAGCAGACUUGAUGCAUGACUAAUAGUAACUAACCAACCAAAGGCAUGAUGUGUUUAUCCACACAAGCCCCUGUAUUAUUUAGGAUAAAGGAAACAAAAGGUGAGCUAUCUGCUAUCUCCUGUUCAAAACAUAUAGGUGCACCAUUGUCUCUUGCAGUUAUCAAGGUAGUAAUUGAUGUUUGUCAUAUUGAUCACUUCUGCAGUAGCCUUAGCUAUAUAGUUUAUAUCCUGCCAAGGAUAUAAAAAACAGCCAGCUUCCAGAGCUUCAGGGUACCUUCCAUCCACCCAAACUGUCAAGCAGCUCAAGCUGACUAAAAGACACAUUUGGGUGCAAAGCCCUUUAGAGCUUUAUUACUGCUGAAGAGAGUACACUCUUCUGAGGCUUUUGAGGAUCAACAAUCAACUUGUGCUUUCCUGUGCUGGAAACAUAAGUUCCCUUUGGGGGGAAUAUUCCAUUUUAUUAAUUUUGUUGAUGUUUAUCACUUUACUCUUCAGAAAAGUUAUUUUAAAGCUAGGAGGGAGUUUUUGAUUUAAUGGACUGU